UCCUCAGGUGAACUGAGUCACCUGCUGGAGGAGAGGCUUCUCCACUGGCUUUAUUGGAGCUCAUUAAGGCCUAAUUGGACAAUCUUCACCUGGACGUACGCCAGCCAAUCAGAGCUGAAGCUGACAAACAUGGAAGCAGUCACCGCCACCCUGCAGCAUUCAUACACUCUGGGCCAACACGGUCCACCUAAAGCGCUUGGAGCCAAGCAGUCCCACGGAUCCCCGCCGGGGCCUGGUCGUCCUGAGGAGCAGCAGCACCACAAACCUUUCUUCUACGUGCAGUCGUCGCAGCCGUGCUUCCCCAUGCAGACUCUGCAGUGGCCCCUGCCUUACAACCCCUACUACAACUACCCCGGCUUGGGGUUUGGGCUGCCAGUGAUGCCCCACUAUCAGAUGAACCCCUACAUGGAGCCUCCAGGCUUCAUCGUGCCUCACACUCAGCUCCAUUUGAUGGACUACAGACGCAUGCUCAGCCCUCAGUACUACCAGAACAUGGCCUUCCACGCCCGCCGCUUCCGCUGCCAGCAGGCCUCUGCGUUCAGGGAAACCACCACCUCAGAGGUCCAGACCGAGCCGCUCACGGCCGUCCAGGGGACCCUCGCCGAGAGUGCGGUGAGUUUGAGUCCCGGUUCACCCGGAGGCCAACAAGACUGUCCUGCUGCACUCCAGCAUUCGGCGUCCCUCUCCUCCACCGGGACGCCCUCCAAAAGCAGCUUGGUCAUUCAGAUGGAGGAGACUGAAGGUUGCUCCACACCCCCCAGGCUGCUAUUGGUGCACGAGAAAACAAAAACCUGGUCACAGACCUCACCCCUCCAGGACAAAAUGCCUCCUGCAGAGCAGUCCACGUCGGCUGUCCAGGUUUGUCCCGACAUCCUGUUGGUUGGGACGCCAAACUCUGGUUCUGAGGAGCAGCAGACAUCAGCGGCUGAGAACCUGAGCUCCAAGGAAACAGAGGAGUCUCCAGGAAGCCCCGACGAUCGGAGUGUGACGCCAAGCUUUCAUCUGCCGUUUGAACCCAAGUACCUGGAUGAACUGAGGAAGAUGGAGUCCAUUGUCUGGUCGGCUAGGGAGACUUCAGUUUCUUCUGUUGAACCUCUGGUCCAAAACACCUCCACAAUCGCAAUGAAUGAAAGCAUGGAUGGACUGGAGGAGUCUCUGAGGGCGGAGCCUGAGAUGCCUCCUGUGGACAGCUUUGGAAAUGAUGCGGUACCUGAAGCAGAUCUCUGCUUCGUGAUGGAAGAUCUUGCUUCAGAAGACUCUCAGAAGUCUGAGAUGACGGGUAAAGCAGAGGACGCCCUGUUUUCCACUUUGCUGCUGGAGAGUUCACCUCUGCAGGUGCGGAAAGUUCCCCCCAGGAGAGAACUGGAUCCCAGUGAUCAUCAGGACACCUCCUUCGAGUCGCUGCCUGCUUACCUUCCUUCAAGCAGCUGGCUGUCUGACUUUGAGAACAUCUACUACAGCAGCAAGAUGCUGCCAGCCUCCAGGAAGCCGAGCAGACCUCUGGGUGGCCGAGGCUUCAACACACACGGCAGAAGAAGAAAACCAGACCUGGAGUUCAAAGAACCGCCAAAACAGAGGUUCAAACUCCAGGAGAAGGUGGAUCGACGCAGCCUCUCUGACCACGAGUGCUGCCUCAGCAGGAAGUUCAACGAAGACUCGUUCAACCCUCACGUGUCCAAGGCAGAGCGUCUCUGCUCCAGAUGUCUGUCAAAACGCAGGAUCUGCUCGUCUUCCAGUCCAGCCCGGGAAGGCCUGAGAGGCCUGAAGCGGAAAGCUGCUCCCUUCCAGCAGUGGAACGACGUCCUCUUACCCACAUGCGACGCCUGCACGUCUCACGCUAAGAUCCGGCUGAGAAAGGCCUCUGACCCCAACCUCCACAUCCCCCACCGUGGACCUGACAUGGAGGGAGAAUCCGAUGGGAACAGUUCCAGCCCCGCAGGUGUGAAAUGGAAGUCAGCCGACGCCCCCAGGAAACUGGCUGGCGUUAAGAGGCCCCUGUCGUCCAAACAAAACGUGUGCGUAGCCGUUCAUCCGAAGCCGAAGGACCGCUGUGUGUGCACGGAGCUGCACCCUCAGCUUGCUGCCUGGGGGAGGCUGCAUCACCGUAACCAUGGCAACGACAUCCCAGAAACGGACGAGAACUGCUUCAUUCCAGGGGCCCAGCAGGCCAAGCUGGGCGGCGGGGACCAGCCGUGUCAGGGACACGGGUGGCAAGCAGCAGAGAGGUCAUGGAGGGACGCCAUGCCCAACAUGGACCACCACAGACCACAACACUCCAACAAGCACAAGGUGUCACAGCCACAAGGAAACCGCACAAAAGACACUCGAUGCUGAUUUGAACACGAGCACCAUUCCACAAAACCUUUAAAUGUGCACGUCAUGUAACUGCUGUCCUUUCACUCACCUGUGUAUGAUAUACCACAAUGUUCACGUUCUGUUUUUAAAUAAACACAACUUUGAUAGUUUUGCAAAUG